AUGACUUCAACAACAGUUUUAAAUCUUUUGUACAAAUUCUUUGACACAAAAGGUGAUAAGUUGAAAUGGAAAGGCACUAUAGAAGACUUGAAAGCGUUUGUAUUGACCGAGAUUAACGAAGAUACCGCCGAUAAUACCUCGUGGAAGUCACCAAGUGGCGGAAAGUGGUGCUUCAAAAGUAAAGAAUUAACAGUUAUAUGGCAAAAGAAAAGUACAAACAUUCAAUUUGGUGGCGAUAAGGGGAAAGAAGUUAUAGAAUGA